AUGGAAGCUGAAGUUCAGGUAGCAGUAAAAUCAGAAAAAUCUGUGGUUCCAGAGGUUGCUGAAAAGAAAACGGAAUUGACAAAAUUAGAAUCAACAUCAGAGGGGCUGGAAAACAAUGUGAGGGUUGAGGAAUCAUCUGUUUCUGCUGUGAAGACUGUUGAAGUACAAGAGAGUGUUAAUAUUUCCCUAGAACAGUCGGACUUUAAUGGCAAUUCAAAAGAGAUUGAAGCUUUGGUAGAGCCAUCAAUGGUCGAAGGUGUGAAUCAGGUUAUUGCAGAUGAUCAAGCUUGUGCUAAAAUAGAUGAUGAUGGCCCUGAUAAUGAAGAAGAUGAGAAAGCUAGCAAUCAGAAACAUGAAGAUGUUGAAAAUACAGUUGAUGCUCAGGAGAUGGAUCUUGCAGUGGAAGGAGAUAGUCUUGAACCUAACAGAGAUGUUAUUCAGGAGUCAACAUUAGGUGAUGAUAAGCUUCAGGGUCUUGGCAUGGAUGAAAAUGAUCCUAAAGAUGAAAAAGUUACUGUUCCUCACACAGAACUGGAGUCUGAUAUAGUGUUGUCUACUGGUAAUGAUGUUCAUGAGAUCCCUAUUUUGGGCAAAUCUGAUGAUGAAGAUGAAGGUGUUGAUAAUGUCAGGAAACUUGAAUCAAACACAAAUGACCAGGAUGGAGAAUCUGAACAGGAACAAAAACAAGAGAAUACAAUCAGAUUUGCCUUUCCUGAUGACCUUCAGGAGAAAAAGGAUAAGAGAAAUGUAACAGUAAGGUUACAAAGGAGCAAAGACUCAAUUGUCUAACAAGUGACCCGAGCUGCUGAGCAUAUAGCAAGGUCUUUGGUAAAAAGAAUGUUUAUGUUACAUUUAGAUAAAAGGGAUUUGUGUGUAGUCGAAAUGUUAUUUUUAUAUUUGAUUACCUCGUACUCUGGAAAGAAAAACUUAGACUAGUUACUUGUGAUGUAGUAUUUUGUUUAAGUUUCUAUAACAUUGCUUGACCACCU